AUGCUGAAGUAUAAUCUCGGCGCUUAUGAUAAGACUGUGACUAUUGUAAAAGAUGCUUAUACUAGAUCUACUAAUUAUAAUAGUGGUGCUGUUAAUAGUAUAACUAACCAAUUUAAUCCAUUCGGUACUUUUCAAUUAAGUGAUGAUCAAUCUGGAUCCAAUAGUUUAGGGAUGGGGUGGAUACAUCUGAUCAGUCACAACUAUAAUCACCAUAUCCCCAAACGCUAUCAGAUUCGCCAUCACCAAAAUCAAUCGAUUCACAGACUAGCUCUAACCAAUUCAUCAAUUUGCACUUACUGA